CUUCCUUCUUUUCUUCAAACUUUAACACUAUCUAAGCCGCUUUGAGAUAAAUGAACUGUAAAUAAAAACCCUAGUCUCAGAAAAACCCCUUCUCCGUCUCCUCCACCACCAGCCAUGGCGCUUCUUCUCCGCCUGAAAACAACAAGACCAAAAACCACCAACACUCUCACUAAUCCACCUUCUCUCCACCACCUCUUCUCCACCUCCAACACCGGCGGCGACGGCGGCGAUAAACCUCCUUCCGAUUCCAUCCCGUCCUUUUCCUUUUCUGACUCUUUUAGAGAUCUCAAAAGCUCCCUCAAACAAAAACCAACCUCGAAACCAGUCUCUUCUCUGUUAUCUUCUUCAAAUCCUCAAGAGCAUUCUUUGAGCGGUGAAAUCAUGAAGAACAUCCAGGGUUUCCGUAACCGAACAGCUGUUCCAAUUCCCGAGAAUCAGAAGAAGCCAAUCUCGUUUCAGGAGAUUUACAGCAAAAUUCAGAAUCGUCCUGGCGAAUCCGCCGGGAAUACCAGUUCGAAACCCUCGAAAUCCCCAGGCGGCGGCAUCGGAGAAGGAAAUUUCGACGCGAUUCGCGGAAGCCUAAGUCAGUUGAAAGGAACAAUUGCAAAUCCUUCAUUACCGAAAUGGAGACCUUCACCGAGUUCGAAGGUGAUCGGUGGGACGAAUCCUUUGCCAGAGUCGGUUUUCGGAAAGGAGGCGAGGGAAAGAAUAUCAAGGGAACUUGGUGGUUCGGCGAAUUUGUUGAAUUUGCCAGUUAGGUCAUAUAUGCACAAUGAAUUGGGUGAGAAGUUGAAGAAAUUGAGACCUCAGGUGAAAGGAAAAGAAUGGUUUUCUAUUGCUGAAUUGAAUGAGAGGUUAAUGAAAGUGAGGGAAAUGGAUGAAAUUGAAGCUAAGUCCAAAUCUGAUCUCGGAUCGGUAUUAAACUCGUGUUUGAGUAGUAGUCUAGCAUAUAUUCAAAAUCAAGAGGAGGACAACUCAAAGAAAGCUUCAAUGCAAAGAAUUGAUAUGUUGUCCUUGAUGGGUGGGACUCCAACGUACUUGACAAAGCCUCCUAAAGAACAUCUUGUUGAAAAGUAUUUUCAUCCAGAUAACAUGUCCUCCGCUGAAAAGUUGAAAAUUGAACUCACAAAGGUCAGAGAUGAAUUUAAAAUGUCCGAGUCAGAUUGUGGCUCUGCUCGUGUUCAAGUUGCGCAACUCACAACCAAGAUUAAGCAUUUAUCAUCAGUUCUACACAAGAAGGAUGUGCAUUCUCGAAAAGGCCUGAUUGCAAUGGUUCAAAAGAGGAAAAAAUUGCUGAAAUACCUCAGAAGAACCGACUGGGAUUCAUAUUGUUUUGUUAUCUCUAAGCUAGGUCUACGUGAUAAUCCAGAACAUACUUAUAAAUCUAGGACCGGUAAAUCGGGUGAAGUAGCCAAUUAAACAAACCCCAACCUAAACUAAUUGAAAAAAAAGGAGAGAAAAGAACACCCAGCUGAUUUUAUCCAGUCUGAGUGUCUGACUAGCCAGGUAAAUCUAGAUCUGGCCGUUUGUUUUCAACUGAACUGGUGAAGUGGCUGAGUCACUGGUUUUUCAGAUUUGGCUUCUACAACUGUGUUCCAUAUAUCAAUGGCUGAAGAAAUGUGUUGCUCCAUUUUCUUCUUUCUGUACGAGGAUGAGAAUAAUAUUGUGGUCAGCCUAUUUUAUUUUAUUAUUUUUUACUAGAUCUGGAUUUAAUUUAUGACAAUUGUUUAAUUUCCUAUAGGCUCUUUAUUUUGUAGGAUUAUGGUUGUCUUUUCCACCACAAUAUUUCUUGUAUCAUAAUUGGAAAUAGAUAAUUAAGUCAGGAAAUAACUCUGUUUUGGUUCACUUCUCAAA